GCGAUCCGACGACAGACCCCAUCGAACCGAACCGAACUCAACUGAAUUCGUAUUUCGUAUGAAAGCAAUCGCGUCUACGCGUUAGUUUUGCUGUCUCUGGCUCGCUCUAAAACAACAACUGCGUACUAUACUUAUAUAGUAUAGUACACAUUAAAAAAUACAUAAAAUAAUUAUAACAGUGAAAUGAACGAGAAACAAUUAUUAUUACUAAAUACACGUUCGCAAUAAACAUUUUGAUUGAAUUACUAUUCGUGUGCUGCCUUUCUGUAUUCAGAGUGCAGUGCAGUGUGUGUUUGAACAGAGUCAAGUGUGCAGUUAGUUUUCUCGAGUGCCGCGGAAAUAUUUCUGGAAUUUUAAGUGGACCGCUAAAAGUGCUGAAUAAAUAACACAAAACUAAAGUGUAUAACAACAGAAAAUCAGAACAAAACAAAAGGAAAAUACUUUUAAGUAAAACGUGACACAAAUUUUGGAUACGAGAUUUAGCAAUCGCUGAGGUGCUGCAGUCAAUCAGGCAGCUGCCAUAUAAGGUGCAUAACAUAUAUGAUCUAUGAAAAUGCGCCACACCCACGAUCAACAACAGGAGACGAAGACAUCAUCAUAAGAUCGCUGGGAGUGACAUGUGAUGCAAACAUGGCUGCCAUAAAUCCAUCAACGCACUGAAUAAAUCACAUGCCGCAGGCGACAAUAAUUAAGGGCCCAUGAGUGCAUAAUAUUUUUUCGGGAAGUGUAUUUCCGUUACCCAUAAGUAAGCAAGGUGAUCAUCAGCAUUCGAUCAAAAGGCGCCGCACAAACACACACACACAGAGAGAGAUAGAAGCGGCAACUGUUGUUAUAUCCAUCUAUAAAUUUGAAACAAAAAAAGCAGACUAGAAGAGAUCACUGAUCUGCGAGGGAGUCUAGCGUACGCUCUCGCUCAGCUAAAGUGGAUUUCCGGUGAAUAAAAAACAACAACAACAACAGCAAGGGAGAGCAACAACACAUGCAACACAGAAGAGACACAAAGUUGUUGCAGUUGCAGUUGCAUUGAAGUGGAUGCGACAACCCCACCGAAGAGAUACAAACACACACACACACAUACAGGAACCGGAGACCCGAGUGCCACUUAGGGACAAAGUUACAAAAAUAAACAUAUAUCAAGCCAAACAUCGAAGUGAACGAGAGAAAGGAAAGGAAAAUGCGUGGCGGCAGCAACAGUUGGUGCUGCAACGUUGCCAGCAUCAUGACACGCUGCCUCUUGUUGUUGCUGAUCUUGCAAUUCCAUGUCCUGACAACGCUCGCAAGACGAACGCCAACCGCCGUCGCCACAUCAUCAUCACAGGAGAUGAGCCGGGAUUACGAUGGCAUUGCGCCGUCGCCGUCAUUGCCGAAUACCACACAAAGUGUCAACAACAUUAACAACGCUGAUGAGGAUGCCAUCGAUGGCGAUGAUGAUGACAAGUUGAGUGGUGCCCCAAGUGGUGGCAGCGGCAAUGAGAAUGCCAAACAGUUUGCGCCCCGCUUCAAGAAUCCCAAAAAACUAAGAACACUCUACACCCUACCAUCGGGUGCAACGCUAUCACUAAAUUGUCUGGCACCCGGCAAUCCAGAACCAAACAUCACCUGGUAUCGUCAGCACAGCGCCAACUGGUCACGCACCUAUGGCAUCUAUCGCAAAACUCGCUGGGGCAUCACGAUGGAAGACCUCGUGCCAGAGGAUUCGAGUCAAUAUACGUGCAAGGUGUGCAAUCCGCUGGGCUGCGUCAGUCAUGUGAUGAACGUGAUGGUCAGUGAUCGUGUCAACCAUAAACCCAUUCUCCUCAAAGGUCCCGCCAAUCUGACGCUGAUGAUCAACGAAAGCGGUCAAAUGGAGUGCAAAUAUCUUUCGGAUUUGACCAGCAAAAAGGCGUGGAUCUUUGUGCCCUGCAACAACACCAACGAUUGCAGCAUGAAUCGCACAGUUAUUGCCUCCGAUGUGGAUAUACUGUACUUCAAGAAUGUCACGCUGGAGCAGGAAGGUUGGUACACGUGCACUGAGAGCAAUAGCCUGGGUCAGGCUACCAAUCAGGCGUAUUUGCGCGUGGUGCGCAGUCGUGAGGUCAACAUGGGUAGUGUGAUGCGUAAUAUGCUGACGGUGGGCAUCAUUGUCAUCGUGAUGUUGAUUCUGUUUUGCGUGUUCUUCGUGACGUACGCGGUGCGCAAGAUGAAGCAUGAGAGGUUGCUCAAGCAACGCAUCGAAACCGUGCAUCAGUGGACGAAGAAAGUCAUCAUCUAUAAGCCAUCGAGUGGCGGUGACUCGAGUGGUUCCAUGGACACCAUGAUUAUGCCGGUGGUGCGCAUUGAAAAGCAACGCACCACAGUGUUGCAGAGUGGAAAUGAACCGGUUCCCUUCAAUGAAUAUGAAUUCCCCCUCGAUUCGAAUUGGGAACUAUCUCGCGGUCAACUUGUCCUAGGCGCCACACUGGGUGAAGGUGCUUUUGGUCGUGUCGUGAUGGCUGAGGUGAAUAAUGCUAUUGUGGCAGUGAAGAUGGUCAAAGAGGGACACACGGAUGAUGAUAUUGCCAGCUUGGUGCGUGAAAUGGAAGUGAUGAAGAUCAUUGGACGGCACAUCAACAUUAUCAAUCUGCUCGGCUGCUGCAGUCAAAGUGGACCGCUCUAUGUGAUUGUGGAAUAUGCACCGCAUGGUAAUCUCAAGGAUUUCCUCUACAAGAAUCGUCCGCUGACCAAGGAACAGCUCGAGGGUUCCCACUCCCCGCCCCUGGCACCACCACAGCACAUCAUUACCGAGAAGGAUCUGAUCAAGUUUGCCCAUCAAAUUGCCCGUGGCAUGGACUAUUUGGCCUCAAGGCGUUGCAUUCAUCGUGAUUUGGCAGCACGCAAUGUUUUGGUUAGCGAUGAUUAUGUGCUGAAGAUAGCGGACUUUGGUCUGGCUCGGGAUAUUCAGAGCACAGAUUACUAUCGUAAGAAUACGAACGGGCGACUGCCCAUCAAAUGGAUGGCGCCCGAAUCGCUGCAGGAGAAAUUCUACGAUUCACAGAGUGAUGUCUGGUCCUAUGGCAUAUUGUUGUGGGAGAUUAUGACGUUUGGGGGCCAACCCUAUCCGGCUAUUAUGUCCGCCGAGGAGCUAUACAGCUAUCUGAUGUCCGGUCAGCGCAUGGAGAAGCCAGCGAAGUGCUCGAUGAACAUUUACAUUCUGAUGCGACAGUGUUGGCAUUUCGAUGCCAGCGCUCGGCCGCCGUUCACGGAGAUUGUCGAGUACAUGGACAAGUUGCUGCAGGCCAAAGAGGAGUAUCUGGAUGUGGACAUUGCCAAUCUGGAGACACCGCCCUCGACCAGUGACGAGGAGGAGGAAGAGGAUGGCUCCGAUUUGGAGCAAUCGCGCUAUCAUUACUAAAUAAGGCACUUCGAUAUAAACGAUGACCGAUCGCCAAAAAUCAAUUUAUGCUGUACAUACUUGGCUCUCGGGCCAUCAACUAACGAUAAGUCUGUAAAUCGCUUGAAAUUUCAAAAUGCACCAAAGGCAUAUACCAAAUAUUUUUUGAUUAGCUCUAUGAUAAAAUUAUGUUAUAAAUUAUUAUCUUUAAUUACAUUUUACAGUGUGCGUUUUGUGUGCAAAAUAAUGUAAAUUUUCAAUAUAUAAAAAAGAAUUGUCUGCAUUCUCUACAAACUUUAAUACUCGAUGUGCACUUCGUAGAAGAAGAAGUCACGAGACUUUGGCUGCUAGUCCCAAGAUAUCUCAAACAUAUUAGACAAGUGGAAGAAACAGAAUAAAUUAUAUAAGCACAAUAUCAAUUAAAAAAUGCAGCUUAUUGCAUUUAUUACCUUGUUUUAUAUAUUCAAAAUUUACAUUGUAAUUGCAAAUGAGCAAAAUUUAAAUUAUGUUUAAUUGAAAAAAUGAAAUAAUUUAUAGGCUGCAGUUUUAAUGUAUACCUUAUGUUAGUUAUCUAUAUAUAACGGUUGUAUUUGCACAUGUUGUAUUUGUAUUUCGUAUUUGUACUGAUUUACGCAUUAGUAUUUGGAAUUAAGUUAAGAAGAAUAGAACACACAACAGUUUCGAAUAAGUGAAAUACUCUUUAUGUACAUUGUCUAGUAUUUAGCUAUGCAUGCUCUCCGAGUGCCUUAUGGAACAAUAAAUGUUGUACUCAUAGUCUUAACCCAGCUGGCAAGAAAAAACAAAAA